UUUAACCAGCUCCGCCUUGGCGUGAUUGCUCCGUUGGCUUGGUGGCUCGCUAGGGACCAUCAAGUAAUACAGAUUGCUACAAACUAUGGUAUUUAUUUUUAACUAAAUAGCUCUUAGGAACAUGCUAGGCCAGUUGCGUUCAAUAGGUCAAAGUGUUGCGGCGCCGGGGUACAUAGUCGCCCACGUUCGCGGAGCGCUAUGCUCAACAGAGGCGCUGCCCAGGGCAGCAUGCAUUGUAGGGUCAGGAUGCUCUAAUGGACCUUCAGCGGAAGAGGAGGAGGCGAUAGAUGAGACGCAGAUUGUUCUCGGCGGGCAUCUAGCGAAGUUGGCAACGGAGCAUGCACAGGAUGCUUCCAAUCUGCGGCAUCUUACGCUCGGGCUAGUGGCGUCUCGCGGUCCACAGUCUUGGUCUUCGAUCAGUUCUUCACGCGGUCUCCAGCCGCUGACGAACCCGGCCGCGUCGCGCUGGAUUGUAACCUCUAGUUGUUCGCUUUACAGGGCGCGUUCGUACCAGGAUGACGGCUUGGACGAUAACGAACACCCCAGGGGUUCUCGCCGCCGCGACCAUGACCGCGGGUCUUACCGCAGGAGCAACGCCGAUGUUGAAAACAACAACUAUUCCAAAUAUCGACGACAGAAAGAUCGCCCUUACAACAGCAAUCGGGAAAGCCCCCGACGUGACCGAGAAAGCGGCAUGCAAGGAGAUUUCGGCAUCGGCGACGGUUGGGGCGAGCGCAUCGUGGGUGGCUCAGCAGCAGCAAGCAAACAACAGCCGGAAGCGGACGCAACCAGGCCUCGGACCAACAGCUACGAGUAUGAAAGGAAACAGCGGGCGUACCAGGAGUCCACCACUUGGGAGCGUCGCGAGGAGCAGCUACGCGCGGCUAAGGAGGUAACAGCGCAGCUGAAGAAGGCCGGCAGCUGGUCGGAGUUGAACCGCAUCCUAACGGAUACGCCGUACAACCACAUGGGUCCAGAACAGGUGUCUUGGGCCCUUAGCAAGUACGCCGAUCUGAUCCUGAAGGACACCCAGCAACGACCGCAGCAGCAAUCACAACAAGGGCGCAGCAGCAGCAGCAGCAGCGGCACUACCACCUACGUCUCGCCCGAGCAGCAGCAAUUUCAUACGGCCGUCAACAUGUACGGCAGUAACAGCAGUGUCAGCCCUGCCGUACAGUCACCGUCGUCGUACUUGCCGUUCGUCACCUACGCUACGCCCCCGGAAGAAGUCACGGAGCGCCUGCAUACCCUGGUUGCCGACACGGUUCCCUUCACAACCAUGCGCCAUCUAGCCCUCAUGCUCAUGAAUCUUUCACGUGUGCCGCACAGCCCGCUUAGCAGCUGCCAGGGCACGGCGCCUGCCGUACAUACACCAGAUUCCAGUCAGGGCUCUAACAGCCGCGACGACAACGGUCACAACCGCCUUAACCAACAAAGUGUCCUACAUAUGCUCCUACAACGGCUGCAGUUGCUGCUCCAGCCAAGCGACGGGCCCCACGCCACAGCAGAAGGACCCAUGGGUGGCAAGAGCCCCUAUUACUCCUCCUCCUCCUCUUCCUCGCCCUCCUCAUUUGAACGUGAGCGCGAUUGGGACGCGCCCUGGCAGAUCCAGAUGGUCGUACGACAGCUCAGCAUGUCAUGUGUUGCCCUGCGACGGUUGCACGUGGCCGACCCACUCGUGUAUCGCGCCAUUGCGGCCCGUGCGACGCCGUUACUGGAGAGCUCCGCCGCCGCCUACCUGAGGGGAGAGCCAUUGGCGGGAAUCAUCCUAGCGUUCAGCGUGGCCGACAACCCGGAACCACGGUUCAUGCGACUCGCUCUGAGCACCGCAACCCGCCCCGGCAGCCUGACUCGCCUCCGCACGCCCUACUACGCGGCAUCCCUGCUGAACUGCGCCUGCAGGGCGGGGCUGACGGACCCGGAGAUCCUGAACCCGCUGGCGGAUCGCCUGGUAGCCCUCAUGGAGUCCGCCGCCAGCAGCAGCAGCGGCGGCGGCAGCGGCGGUGAUAGGCAGCAGCAGCACCGUGAGGAGAAGGAGGAGAGCAGGGGCAGCAGCAGCGACAGGGAGGAGGCGGGUGAUGGAGAUGAGGGGGAGGAGACGGGCGUUGCCGCGGAGGAGGCACAGGCGACGUUGAGGCCGCGGGAGGUGGCGUUCCUGCUGCAGGCGUGUGCUGCGGUGGGGUUCAACAGCCAUGCAGCCCUGCUGGGCGCACUUUCGGCGGAGAUUCAGCGGUGCCGUUCCUCCUGGCCGCUUCCCUGGAGGCUGCAGGCCGCUCAAUACCUGCUGUCCCUGGGAGUGGACCUGCUGGGCGCCCCAGCCGGCCCUCAGCAGCAGCAGCAACUGCAGCAGCAAGGGGG